CGCGGGGGCCGGGCGGGCUCCAAAGAAACAUUGGCGUUACGUCGUAGCGAUCUCGUAGUCUCUCAUUAGUCUGGUUUAGUCAUUCACGUGGAUCUUGCGGUCGCUGCGGUUGCGUGUGUGAUCGCGUGCUCGGAAAAUGAGCAAGAGGCGCUGCAAAAUCUGCUGUAGAAUACUGAUAUAGUUCUUUUUUUAGCACACGAAAAAUUUUCCGAGACAAUCUCCGAACGUCAACCGGCAAGGCGCUCCAAUCAAUUAAAUUAAACAUAUAACCUCCAUGUGAUCGAGCGACGAGAACGAGACUGAGCUUCCGCGGAAAGCGGAGCUUUUAUUAGCGAGUAGCGAUUAGUCCGUUGAAAGUCCUAGCUGCAAGAUGAAGUGUAAUUUGGAGAUAAUGUAUUUGACGCAGGAGCAUCUCACAGGCUUCGAAAAUUACAAGUAUAGUUCGCUGGAUACAAGUCCCCUCAGCAUUUAUGUUAUGCACCCAUUUUGGAAUAAAGUCGUUCAGUAUUGUCCAAAAUGGGUUGCCCCUAAUUUGUUGACAUUUCUGGGAUUCCUAUUUACUGUGGUGAAUUUUCUAAUGUUUGCAAGUUAUGAUCGCUACUUCUAUGCGUCUAGUGACGAUCAUCCAGAGUACCCACCGAUACCCAGAUGGGUUUUUGCAUUAGCUGCUUUCUUCAUAUUUAUGGCAUAUACCUUAGACGGCAUCGAUGGUAAACAAGCGAGACGUACGCAAACAUCAGGCCCGUUAGGUGAAUUAUUUGAUCAUGGUCUCGACAGCUGGACAGCAAUGUUAAUUACGGUCUGCAUGUAUUCUGUCUUCGGAAGGACGGAUCACAGUGUAUCACCUCUACGAAUGUACUUCAUACUGUGGAAUGUUUUUGUCAAUUUUUAUCUCAGCCAUUGGGAAAAGUACAACACUGGUGUUUUAUUUCUCCCUUGGGGCUACGAUGCAUCGAUGCUAGCAACGAUUCUAGUCUUUGUUCUGACAAGCAUCGGCGGACACGAAGCUUGGAAGUUCGAAUUGCCAGGUGGAAUUUCAGCGGGUAUCAUGUUCGAGAUGUUACUCUACGUCAGUGCCAUCGUAUCCAAUUUGCCAGUUGUACUGUGGAACAUAUACAAGUCAUACCGAGAUAAGACAGGUAAAAACAGAACGCUACCAGAGGCCGUGAGGCCUUUAGUGCCUUUGUUAGUACUCUUCACAAUCGCCACAGUCUGGGUCACGCAUUCACCAAACAAUGUUUUGGAAAAGGAUCCAAGGAUAAUCUACUUUGCGAUUGGAACAGUAUUCUCCAAUAUAUGCUGUCGACUGAUAGUGUCCCAAAUGAGUAACACCAGAUGCGAGAUACUACCCUGGAUACUGCUCCUGGUGGCUGGAGCGGCAGUUUUCUCCGUCAUCUUGCCCAGCUAUAAUGUGAAGACCAUGUACUUCGUCUCUGCUCUAGCCUUGGCAGCUCAUGUUCACUAUGGAACGUGUGUGGUUAGGCAGAUGUGCCGUCACUUCCGUAUCCAUACUUUCCGCAUACAGGAGCACUCCGAAUGACUGCUUGCCGACAGUGCAUGCUAAAAAGAAAAGAGGAGAGCAACCCAAAGAACGCAAAAUCUGACGCACGUUUGUUCGCCGGAAAGGCCCAGUAACCAAACGACCCGAAUCCCAUGAUCUUCGGAUUCCCAACGAGGAGUGCUUUGCAGUGUAAGUCAAGACAAAGACGCUGCGGUGUUCACGAUAUUCGGUUACGAUCCCCACAAGUGCGUCUCUCAUAAUAACCUCCUUGUAACUUGUACGUAUGUACCACGAAGUAGCAUAAAGAGCUCCCACUUUCAUAUAAAAAUAACCUUACAUUUCAUUACCAAGUUAGACGAUAGUAACAUUAGCAACACUUUUCAAUUUUCAUCGAUAGUCGUCAUAACGUCGUCUAAAAAAUAUUUACACCAGUUAUGUAGAACAAUUUACUUGUAUUCUAAUCACCGCCAUUUGGUGAAAUCAAGUUAUAUUUUCUUGCAAGGAUUGCUAGUGUUACUAUCAGCUGACUUGACAGGGAAAUGUAAGGUCAGAAUUUUCUGGAAAGAACUAUAGAGUGGGAGUUCCUUAUGAAAUCUGGUACUCACCUGUUCGUGAACACUGCCCAACUUCUAUGUACCUGCUAUGUAGCUUAUUUAUUUUUCAUUUUUUUUCUCUCUCUCUCUCCACCUCCUCCUGGUCCCCCGAAAUUGUCAAUCUCAUGCUACUGUGAUAUGUGAAUUCAAUAGUGAACACUUCGUACUCUUAGUGGAACUCGGUGAGAGAUUUUUAACAGAUGCAACGGCUGCUUCUGGACUCGGAACAGGAAGUUCCUGCUUGUUUGCCGUUACAUGACAUUCCUCAUUCCCUGUGUCACUUUUUCUCACUCUCUCGGCGUAACUGUACAUAUGUAUGAUUUUAGUCGUACUGGUUGGGUUCGGCACUCGUGUGUAAAUUGGAUUGGCACCUCUCCGCUCUUAACAUGCACUGUCCCUUGGACGUCAUUCCUUUAUACUUCUUUUGCUACACGACCGUGCCUGUUAUUAUUUGAGUCGUCUUGCCCAUGUAAGGAAAAAGUUGGGUCAUAUACAGUAUAAGGUUUGUUCGGGUUAGCUGUACUUUCUGCAUUCAAGUAUAACGAGUGUAACUCACUGCACUGUGCUUUUUAAAAAAAAAUGUAAAAAUGUUUGGGUACGUUUUCGUCGACUAUUUUGAACGCUAGAAAUCUCAGGAAAGUUCAAGAUUUCCACUGAAACUGCUAGAAUCAUUUUUUCAACGUAAAAAACAUGAAUCAUUUUUUUAAAAGGGUAUAUUAAGUAUAAAGUGCACCUGAUCCGUAUUAACCUAUAGUCAUAGUUGUCUAGUUUCUAAGGGUUCCUGUCACUAGGCCAUCCGAAUGCUGGAGUUUCCUAUGACUCUCCAUUUUACACUCUUUACAACUCCAGUUGAGCUCGAGUUUUUUCAUUCCAUGUGACAGGUGAACGUCAUCUGUUCAGGGAACAUCGACAUAUCGAUCGUCGAGUAGAUAUCCAUUCUGUUGAAUGUAACUGCGUUCAAUUUACAACAAUAUAGGUGUUCAAUGAACUCAUCACGUUUGGGACACGAAAAAUCUGCAUAAGUUAUUACAGGAUAUUUUAAGCAAUUCUUGCAUUUCUACGAAAUAAUUAUUUCUGGCACAAUGUCAUAAAUUGAACGGAGGAACACGUAACAUCGAUUGUAUAAGGCAUGGCUAGUCUCGAACGAGUCUCGAAGAUAGUGACUCCAUACGUUAUGAGAGUAUGCAAAUUAUGUUUGUCAACUAUGGUAAUGCCCAUACUUUGGGAUCGAUCUGGCCGUCUAAUUUAAUGGUCGAACAUUGAUUUUCAGUCGCAAUGCCUUCUGCGUUGUCUUUUUCCAUUGUUCCCUAUUUUACCGUUGAGUGUAUUCGUGUUAUUAUUAAUUUUACCUCUAAUUAGGCUGUACAAAUUGCCCUUGAAACAUUAUUAACCAAAUAUUACUCUAACGCGCGUUAACUUCCUCUCUGAAGAUCUACCGCAAAGGCCAUUCUUUGGACAUAUCUUUUAGGUUGCAUCUCAAGCUUGUAACGCUAAUAUUAAAUACUGACAUAACCUACAUUACCACAAGAUAUAACGAUCUUGAUCGUGCAGUAACUAAAGACGUAUGUACAAAUUUAUUAUGGAGUUGAUAUACAUUAAGCAUUGUUUUUAGUAAAACAAAGCAGAAUUUGUGUACAUGUAAAUAUAUGAAUUUCAUUUUCAAUAUA